AUGGAUGGAGAAAAAUUAAAAGAAGUAUGUAUUUUAUUAAAUAGUAAGAAUGAGAAGAAAAUACAACGUGGUAUAAAGAAAUUAUAUCGAUUAAUAAAAAAGAAUGAUUUUAAGAACACAUAUAAUAUUGAUAAGAAUAUAUAUGAUGUAGAUAUUAUAAUUGAGAAUAAUUAUUUGGAUAUAGUAAUAUAUUGUUUAUCAUUAAAUGUAGAAAAAACGAAAUCAUCAAAAUUUGGUUAUAAUAUUAAUUUAAAUUUUAUAGAAAUUAUAUUUUAUACAUUAAAUUGGAUGUUAUUUCAUAAAUUUAAAGAUUGUUGUUUUUUUCAUAUUGAUAAUGAAGAAAAUAAAAAAGAUCUUGAAAUAAAAGAAAAAGAAAAGAACUUUAAAAAAAAUAUAUCAUUUAUAAAUUUAGGAAAUUUUUUUUAUGAUAAUAUUCAUUUUAUUGAAUUAAUAAUUUUAAAUAAUUUUCAUUAUAAUCGAGUUUAUAUAUUAAGCACCAUUUUUUAUUUUUUAUUAUAUCAUGAGAGAUUUCGUUUUCUUUUUUUUUCUUCUACAUCUUUAUUAGUAAAUUUGAUUAAGCUAAAAAAAAAUGUUGAAAAUAUUUCUGACUUGUUCAGGAAAAAUAAAUUGAAUGAAAAUGUUCAGGAGGAAAAAGACAAAAAAGAAGAAACCCUUCAAAAUAAUGAAAAUAAUGAAAGAAUAAUUUUUAUAAGAAAUACAUAUGAAGAGGAAUUAAUUUAUUUAUAUAAAUUUUUAGUUAUUCAGAAUGGAAUAAAGGGAUUAAAAAAUAAUUUUAUAGAUCAAAUUAAAAAUGAGAAGAAUAACUACGGUUUGAUAAGCGAAUUUAUGUUAUUAAAAAAAAAUGGAAAGUUGAAGGUUUAUAAGGAGAAAGCUAUAAGUGAGAAGGAUAAAUAUAAAAAUAAUUACAUGAUAAAUAAUAAAUUGGAUAUUAAAGAAAAUAUAUCAAAUAAUAAUAAUAAUAUGUAUGGUAAUGAUAAUGAUAAUAAUAGUGAUAAUUAUAUUUAUUUUGAGAUAGUAAGGGGAUCCAUUUUAAUAUAUUCCAUUUAUCGUUAUAUUUUUAGCUCAAAGAAUGACGAUUUAUAUAAAUAUUUUAAUUCUAUAUGUGAUGAAUUAUAUAAUAUUUUUAUUAAUACAAGUGUGUGUUGUAAAUAUUAUAUUUUAUUAUGUUUAUAUGAAAUAUUAAAGAAAAGUGAGAAUUAUAAAUAUAUGGAUUUAUUUAUAUUAUUUAUAAAAUUGUUAAGUAUAUUUUUAAAUAAAGUACAACAAUAUGUAGACACUCAUUUUCUUUUCCUUAUGAAUAAUUUAUUAUUAUUACAAAGAAAUAAAUUUUAUUCGAUAUAUCAAAACGGAGUAUUUAAUUAUAAACAUAUAAUUCUUUUAAAAUGUUCUAUAGGGGAGAAUAAAAAUAUGAAUAAAUUAAAAAGUGAAAAAGAAUGCCAGAAAAACCAAAAAAAAAAAAAAAAAAAUUACUACUUUAUAAUAAAAAAUAAAAAUACAGAGAGAUCAUUAUUAUAUGAUGUUGAAAGUACUUAUGAUGAUAUUUUAAAUAGUAUUGAUCAAAUAGAAAAUAAAAAAUAUAUAGAAACAAAAUAUGGAUUAUUAAUAAAAGUAAAUAAGGGAGAUAUAUAUUAUGUGUCUCUUUUGUUUUAUAUUCUACAGGUUUACAUAGAUAUAUGUUUGAGUGAAAAAAAGCAAUUUAUAUUAAAUAGUUAUAUGGAUGAUAAUAUUAAUAAUAAUGAUAAUAUUACACAUAAUAAUAAUAAUAAUAUUAAUCAUAAUAGAAAUAAAAAGGAUAGUAAUUUUAUGGAUACAAAAAAUAGUAACAAUAUAAAUAAGAUGAAUAAAUCUAUUGUAGGUAAAUCAUUAAAUCAUAAAUUAAAUGAUAAUUUUUUUAAUUUUUUAACAGAUUUAAAUAUUAAAUAUUUUAUGAAUCAUUUUAUUAUUAUUAAAACAUUAGGAACUUAUCAACAUCUUAUUAACAUGUAUUAUAUGAAUAAUAAAAAGCUAUCAUUUAGUUAUGAUAAAACGUUGUAUAUAUUUUUUUUCUUAAAUUUAUAUAUUCAACUUAAUAAAAUAUUUUUCAUAUGCAAAGACAAUAAAAUAUAUGAUAAUAAAAAGAAUCAAAAGAAAACUAAAAAGAAAAGUGUAGAAUGUGUAAGUGAUGGUGGUAUAGAUUGGUCUGAUUUUUCUUUAUAUGAAGAUAAAAAUUUUGAGUUAAAUAAUGAGAUGACACAAAAAAUGGAUAAUAUUGGAUGUAUUAAAAAGGAUGACAAGGAAAGGAAAAGAAAAUAUAUGGAUAGCCAACAUAUUGAGAAUAUUAAAAACAAUUCUUGUGAUGAUAAUUCUUUACCGGAUGAUUAUAAAAAUUUUAAUAAACGUUUUAAAGUAAAAAAAAGUGAUGAUUCUUCAGAUAUAUAUAUAAACAAUAAUAAGAUAUUACAACGUGUGUAUCAUUCGAUGAAGAAUAGUGACAUGUGUGAUAUAUAUUAUAAUAAAGAGAGUAUUUUAUUAGAAUAUAAAUAUAUAUAUAAAAAGAUAAAUGUAGAAACAAUGAGAAAUACGAAAUUUUUAGAUAUAAUAAAAGAAUUAAUUUAUAAUAAAAUAAUAUUAGAAAUGUAUAAGUUGAAAGAAAAACGUGCUGAUUAUAAUAAAGAAAUAAUAUGUGAUGAGAACCUUCUAAUGCACUCCAUAGGAUACAACAAUAAUAAUAACAACAAUAAUAAUAAUAAUAAUAAUAUUAACAAUUUUUAUAAUUUAAAUUAUGAUCACCAUAUUGAUAAUUCAGAACAUGAAAUAAAUUAUUUGAAUAAGAUAAAUGAAGUUAUAUAUUUUUUCAUACCUUUGAAUAUAACAGAUUUUUUAUUAAAGAAAAUGAUCAAGAGAGAUAAAAAUAAUUUAUGUAAUUAUUUUAUUAUUUCAUAUCUUUAUUAUAUAUUAGAAGUAUUUAAAUGUAUAUGUAAAUUUGUGUUGUUUGUAGAUAUGUUUAUAGCAGUUCCAGAUGGAAUAAAUAAAAAGAUAUUAUUGAAGAGUAUCAAAUUUGAUAUAAAAAAUAAUUUUUAUAAUAUAAUUUAUAAGUAUUACAUUUUUGAUAUAUCUUAUAUAAAUAUGUAUAUAUCUAAAGAUAAUAUGAAUGAUAUGUGUUUAAAUAAAAAAAGCAGUGUAUAUGAAGAUAAUAACUAUAAGGAUAUACCUAACAAGAUGAUGAAAAAGGAUGAUAGUGUUAAUAAUUUAUAUUGUGAUAAUAUUAAUGAUGAUGAUUAUAUAUUAAAUAUUAAUAUGAAUGAUGAUAUAAUAAAUUACAGUAUACAUAAGAGUAAAGAAGACAACGAGGUUUUAAAUAGUUUACAUUUUUUUUUAAAUGAUAUGAUAGUUGAUAAGAAUAAUAUAUUUAUUUUACAUUUUAUUGUUUUAACAAAUUUUAUAAAUUUAUUUAAAGAAUGUGAUGUGAAAAAGAAAUUAUUAUAUGAAUUAUAUAAUAAAAAGAAGAUUAUCGAGAUUAAUAAUUUUAAUAUUUUCUAUAAUAUAAAUGAAAAUGUAUAUAAAAUAUUUUUGAAUAGUUUUAUAGACAAAUAUUAUGUAACAGUUGAAAAUUAUAAUUUCUUCGAUAAUCUUUUUUAUCUUUUUAUAUAUUAUAAGAGAAAUAUAAUUAUAUAUAAUGAAAUAAGUGAUAAAGAAAAGAGUAUGGAAAAAUUUUUGGAGAAUGAAAAAUAUUAUAAGAAUAUAGAAUUAUUAAUAUAUAGAUUUUUAAGUAAAACAGAUUUUUUUGAUUCAUCAUCAUUAGAUGAAUUAAUAUUAUUUUUUUAUCUUUUAAGAAAUAUAAAUAAUUUCAGAAAUUUUGUUUUUGUCUUGUCUUUAUUUUGUAGAUUCUUUUAUUUAUAUAAAACAAAAUUAAAAUAUGUAGAUAUGUUUAAUAAUAUAUCAUGGGGAAAAAAAAUAAAACAGAGAAAAAAAAAAGGCAUUCGAUAUUCAAAAAUGUUAUAUUAUCAAGAUGGUUCUAUCUUUUUUAAGAUGCUGAUUUGUUUUUUCUGUGCAUACAAUUAUGAUGGAUUUUUAAGUGGGGUUCCAAUAUUGAAGAUAAUGAAGGAAGAAAAAGAAGACACUCACAUUAAAAAAAAAAAUAAGUCUACUAAUAUGAAAAAUGUAGAAAAUGUAGAAAGUGGUGAAAAUGUUAAAAAUAUUGAAAAUAUUGAAAAUAUUGAAUAUAUUCAAAAUAAUAAGAAACAUAUUAAUUUACCUCACGAUCUUCAUAGUAGUAAUAUUUGGUUCUACCAAAUUUAUGAUGUUAUAUAUGUUUAUUCAUACUACUUGAAUUAUAUAAAAUAUGUUUUAUUAUAUAAUCCAUAUAUAUAUAUGAACAUAAAAAAUAAAUUAAAAAAAAAAAAAAGUCUAGAAGAUCUGUUCUUCAUGUUCACAAAAAAAAAAGACAUCUCCUUUUAUCAACAGAAUAAGGAGCAUAUAUAUCUAUGUAGUGGUAAUAAUAAUAUAAAUGAUAAUAAUUUAAAUAAUCAUGAGGAGCAAAAAAAUAAAGAUAAUACAAAGAACAAUAUUUAUAUUACAUCAUAUGAAGAAGGAAAUAAAAUAAUAGAUAUAUGUUUUAAUAAUUUUAGAUUGUUUCAAGAAAGUAUAAAAAUAUUUUUAAAAGAAAUAAAAAAUUUAAAAAAAAAAAAAAAAAAAAAAGUAAACAUAAAUAUAACAGAUCAUAGUUCUAAUUAUAAAAUGGAUAUAGAAGAAAUAUAUAAAAAUAACCAAAGACAAACAUUUUGUUUUAAUUUUUUUUUUUUAAAAAGUGAUAAUAAUUUUGAAAAAAUUGAAAAUGAAAAAAAUUUUAAAAAUGAAUAUGGUAUUAUACAUAUAUUAAAUAAUUGUAAGAAUAUAUUAAAUGCAUAUAUAAUUAAAAAUAAUGAUGAAUUUGAUUUAAAUGAAGAACUUGUAUGUUGGAAUGCUGAUUUAAUAUAUCAUCAUAUGUGUAAUAUUUCUUCUGUUUUAUUAAAUUAUUUUUUUAUUCUAUAUACAUAUAUACAAAGUGUAGGAAAUAAAAAGGAAGAAGAAGAUAAUAUAAACAUUGAUUUUAAUAUAUUUAUCUAUUUAAUAAGAAAAAUAAAUGAUGUUUUAAAAUUUUAUAUGUAUUCAAAAUAUAUAAGUAAAAAAUAUUAUAAUAUAAAAAAGGAAAAUCCCUUUCAAAAUGAAAGAAAAGAUGAGGAAGAUUAUUAUUAUUUUAAUCAUAUGUUUAUAUUAAAAAAUAGACGUUUGAAAAAAAAAGUUUUUUUAUUAUCAUUAAAUAUUUUAAAGAGUAGGUGGUUUAUUAUAUUAUUCAAAUGUUUUAUAAAUAAAUAUGCAACUUAUAAAAAUGUGUUUGAAGAGUUUAUAUAUUUAUAUUUGUCUUUUUUACACAAUAAUAUUAAUACAUUUUUUCGUUUAAUAAAAAAAAAGACAAAAACUAAAUUGUUAGUUCAAAAAUUGUUGAUAAGUAUAAUGAUAGGUAUUGUUUUACAUGAUCAUAUACAAGAUGAUGAAGAGGUUUUUAAAAAAAAAGUAUGUUAUAUAAUAUUGUCUAUAUUAAAUAGAUUAGAUGAGGAUGAGAGAUUUAUUUUCUUUUACUUGAAACAAUAUAAACACUUAUUAAAGAAUGAAGAAUAUAUCAACCUCAUUGAUGAUAAUGAUGCUUCUUAUUAUUCUACUUGUUUUUGUUUUAAUGAGAAAUGCCAACUUUUUAAAUGCCAAGAAGGUAAUAGAAAUAUAUUACAAAAGAAUGAGAACAUUUUUUUUGAACAGUUUAUUUUAUAUUAUAUAUGUAAGAUAAAAAAUGAGAAACUAAAAAGAAAAAAAAACAGUAAGAAUUCUAUAUAUGAUGGUCACAAAAAAGAGGAACAUCCUUUUUUUUGUAGUAGUAAUAUACCUCUCUUAAUUAAUAUAAUUAUAAAUAAAAAAAAUAUAAAUGAUAAAAUAAAAAUAUUAUUAAAUAAAUUAUGUAACUUAUAUAUUAGAAAAUGUUAUAAUAAUAACUAUAUUAUGAAUAAAGAUAUAAUAAAAAAAAUUAUUAUGGAAAGAUUAAGUGAUAAGAAUAAUGAUAUCUCUUUUUUUACAAAAAAAAUUAAAGAUGAUUAUAUAUAUUUAUUAGAACAUAAAGAUAUUGAAAAUGACAUGUAUGUAUUUUUUAUAUAUAAUUUUUUAAAUACGGUGGAUAUUAAAUAUUUAAACAAUGAAAAGGAAAAUAUAAAUAAGGACAAUUAUUUUGUUAUUUUAUUUUUAUUGUAUUUAAUAGGAAAUAAAAAAAAAAUUACUCCAUUAGAAAAUGAUAUUAAUGAUAUUAAUGAUAUUAAUGAUAUUAAUGGUAUUAAUUGUAUUAAUGAUAUAAGUUAUUUAUUACUAUUUAAAGAAUAUCAUAACAUAUGGUUGUUAUUAAACAAUAUAGAAUAUGAACAAAUAUAUUAUUUAAAAAAAGGAACAUUCAAAAAAUCGUUUGCUGAAAAAUGUUUGGAUUAUAUUAUAAGUGCAUAUAAAAACGCUGGACAAAAAAACAAAUUAAGUUUCUUACUAUUAGUAACAAUAAAUUUUAAGAAUAAAAUAUGUUUAUUUAUUGCAUUGUCUAUUUUGUUUUAUUUUGGAAAUAUAUUAAAUGAAAGAAAAGAAAUACGAAAGAGUCUGUUGAAAAAAUAUGAAGAUAUAUCUAUUAUAAGAAGAAUAUGUAAGGUUCUUUUUUUUUAUUUUUAUGGUUAUAUAUACAAAUAUGAUAAAUACAAAAAUUUCAAUAGUUGUCAAAUAAAUGUUGAGGACAAUAAUAACUUAAACAAAUAUCCAAAUGAUGAAUAUAUUUUUAAAUCUUAUGAAAAUAUAACUCUUUUUUUAUUUAAAAGAUUGUUCAAAAGUUUUUUACGAUAUGAAGAAAUGAGUGAAAAUGUAAGUGAUAAAAAAAUAGAUACAUAUGAGGAGCAUACAAAAGGUGUAGAAAAUAAUAAGGAUGAAAAAAAAUAUAUAAAAAAUUGUCAACAUAAUAAUAAUAAUAAUAUUACAUCGUCAAAUAAUGAUAGUAGUAGUUGUAGUAAUAGCGAUAAUGAUGAAGAUGGAAAUAAACACUUAAAUAUUAUGAGAGGAUCUAAUACUGAUAUAAAUAAUUAUGUUGUAGAAUCAAACAAGAUAAAACAGAAUGGAAAUUAUAUAAAAAAUAUUUCUAAAAGAAGGAAUGAUUAUCACAUAUUAUUAUUAUUAUUAUUAAAUUUAUUGAACAAAAAAAUCGACAAUAACAACAAUAAUAAUAAUAAUAAUAAUAAUAAUAAUAAUAAUAAUAAUUGUUAUGAUAAUAAUUAUGUGGAUGAUCAAUAUGUAAAUAAUAGGACAUAUAUGAAGAAAAUAGAAAAGUAUAUAUACCUACAUUGGAACAAUAUAUUAUUAUUUAUUUCAUUUUUAAACAAUAAAGAAAUUAAACUAUCCAAUUUUUAUUAUGAAAAUGUGAUGAAAAAAUAUAUAUAUAUAUUUAUAGAUCAUGAUUUGAAUAUGGAAAAAGAAGAAAAUAAAAAAGGUCAUAUUAUUUAUAAAAACAAAAAAAGAUAUAUUUUAUUUUACAUUUACUUUUUAAUAUAUAAAUUUAUGAAAUUAAAAGGGUUAGAUUUUUUAUCUAUGAUUGAAACGUUUUUUAAAAAUGAGCUUAUUGAAGAAUUUAUAGUAUCUAUAUUGGAAGAAUAUGGAAUGAUGGAAAAUGAAGAAAAAAAACGAAAUGAAAAUUUUUUAAUUUUUUUAUUAAAAUUGAUAAAAAUAUUUUAUAGUGAGUGGUACAAUUUAUAUAAAGAUAAAUAUGUAAAACAAGAAAUUUAUUUAAAAGGAUUAAAUAUUAACAUAUUUAAUGCAUUGAAAAGAAUUUAUAGUUAUACUAUGACCAAUAUAAAUAUAUAUAUAAGAAAUAUAUUUUUUGUGGAUCUAUGUAAUUAUCUAAAUUUUAUUUCUUUAAACAAUAUAUUAGACAACAAAUUAAUGGAUGAGGUAUUAAAAUUUAAAGAAUUUAAUGUUAAUUAUGAUAAUAAUUAUAACUGGUUGAAUAUGAACACAACUAUGGUAAAUAAAACAUGUCUCUAUUUUAAUUUCAAUGAAAAUAUAUAUCAUAUGUUGCAAAAUGGUGAUGAAACGAUAAAUAAUAAUGAUAAUAUUGAUAGUGUUCAUAAUAAUGAUAUUAUUGAUAGUAUUCAUAAUAAUGAUAAUAUUGAUAGUAUUGAUCAUAAUGAUAAUAUUAAUGAUUUAAAAAAUUGCGAAAAUGGUAAUUAUUUUUUCAAUAAUAAUUAUAAAAAUAAUAUGAACAAGUCAGGUGAAAACGAACAUUUUGAAAAUUCCCAAAUGGCUAGCUCAGUAGAGAAUGAUGAAAAAUAUGAAUAUAAUAACAUUAAAAAAGAUAUGGAAAUAUAUGGAAGAAGUAGUAGUAGAAUAUGUUUAAAAAGUAGUGGUAGAUAUAUAUACAGUGUAUUAAAUCAGAAUAAUUUUAUAAGAAAAGAGGUAUUUUAUUUAGCUUAUAAAAAUAGGUUAAAUAAAAAUAUAUAUGAUUAUUUCUUUUUAUUGUGUGUAUUGGUAAGUAAAUUAUUUUUUGUAUUUAUAUUGAUGUCAGAAAAGAUUAGGGUAUUUUUUUAUCACUUUAGGCUUUUAUAUACGUAUCAAAAAGAAGAGAUAUUUUUAAAUUUUGAUUUGUUAAGGAUGCAAGAGAUUAAUCGAAAGAUAAAAAAUUAUAUUAAGAGAUAUCCUGAUAUACAUUUUUAUAUAGAUUAUGACAAUGAUGAGAAUGAAAAGGAGAAUAGAACGAAUGGUAUAUAUGGAAAUUAUAUAAAUAAUGAUGAUACUUACAUGGAUAAUACUUAUGAGGAGAAUGAAAAAAUAAAAAACGGAUUAGAUACAAAGAACAACUAUGAUAAUAGUAAUGUUAAUGUAUAUUUAAAUAAUAGUAAAAAGAUAAUAUCAUAUGAUGAAGAAAAAGAACACUUUCAUCAUUUAAAAAAAAAUCAGAACUAUGAUAUGAAUUGUAAAUUUUGUAUAAAAUUUAGGGAGAUACAUAAAAUUGGUAAUACAAAAAGGAUAUUGAAUUUAUAUGAUAAGGAAGAAAAGACAAAUAUAAAGAAUAUGAUUUAUUAUGGAAAGACUAUACGCACAAAUUUGUUUUUACAUAGUCCUUAUGAAUAUAAUAUAUAUAAAAAUUGUAAAACGUUUAUUAAUGAUGAAGAAUAUGAUAAUGAUGAUAUGCAUGGAUCAACAAAUGUAUUAAACAACGAGUAUGAUGAUAAUAAUAAAUUUGAUGAUAACAAUAAAAUUGAUGAUUACAAUAAAAUUGAUGAUUACAAUAAAAUUGAUGAUUACAAUAAAAUUGAUGAUUACAAUAAAAUUGAUGAUUACAAUAAAAUUGAUGGUGAUGGUAUUGAAGAAACGAAAAAUAUGAAUAGGAAGAAAAAAAAGAAAAAUAUGGAUAUAAAUAAAAUAAAUGGAUAUUGCUUAAUUGAUGAAGAUGAAUUAUUAUAUGGAAGGAAAUUAAAAGAAAAUCAUUUUACUAAGAGUUAUAAAAGAUUAUUAGAUAUAUAUUCUUUGAGUGAUGUGGAUUUUUUUGGUCAAUGGAUUAAAAUAUUUUCAAUGAAUGGAUUGAAAUUAUUAAUAUUUUGCUUAAGUAGUAAUGAUUUAAUUGUUAGAACUAUAAGUUUGAAAGGAUUAUCUAUAUUUUUUCAGUUGAUUGAAAAUUCCUUUUUUCUUUAUAAAAUAAGAAAAAAGUUAUUAUCUUUCAAAAAGAGAAAUGAUAUAUAUACAAAAGAUAAAGAUGAUAAUUAUUAUGUGAAUAAUAAUGGAAUAGGUGUUAUGAAUAAAUUAUAUGAAUCUAAAAAGGGUAUAAUGAAAAAAAGGAAAUUAAUAAUACCUUUUAAAGAAUUAUUUUAUUUAUAUUUUUUUAUGAAGAAAUUAAAAUAUUCAGUAGAUCCUUUAACAUAUUAUAUAAAUCCAAGUGUAUCAUCAUAUUGUUUUUUUUUCUUAAAUGAGGUAUAUAAAAAGCACAAUAUUGUGAAUACUUUGAAGAAUUUAAUUAGAAGUAAAACAUUUUCUUCUAUCUAUUUUUCAUAUUAUUAUUUAAAUAGUUUGUUUAAUAAUAAUUUUGAUUCAUUGGAUAUUAUGAAUUUUUUUAUUAUGUCUAAUCAGGGAUUGCAUUCGACGUGUUAUAAUAGUAUAGGUUAUCUGGAAGGUGAUAAUAAAAAUGAUGAUAAUAAAAAUGAUGAUAAUAAUGAUGAUAAUGAUGAUAAUAAUAAUGAUAAUUAUGAUAAUAAUAAUGAUAAUUAUGAUAAUAAUAAUGAUAAUUAUAAUAAUAAUUACAAUGUAGAAGAAAGACAGUUUAAUAACCCUAUUGAUAGAAGUUAUUAUGCUACUACAAAUUUUACUAAUAGGAUGAUGCUUGAAAAUUUUGAUGAUGAGAGGGAGGAUAACUACAACAAUAACAACUACAACUACAAUAAUAGGGACACAUAUGAUGAUAAUAAUGAUAAUAAUAUGAACUAUUCGUUUGAAAAGAAAGAUGAAUAUAAAGAAAAAUUAUAUCUUAUAAAAUAUAAUUAUAGAUGCACCAUAAAAAACAUUUACCAUAUAUUAAAUCGAAAUGAUGUUUUUCAAAUUUAUAUAUCCAUAUUUUUUAAUAAUUAUAUAAAUCAUAAUUUGUUAAAGAGAUUUUUAAUAUUACUUAUAUAUUCAAGCAAUGUAAUAAAUAUGGUAGGUAUGUAUAUUGAUAAUGUAGAUGAGGAGAAUAAUCGUUGUAUGGAAGAUAAAGAUUAUAAAAAUAAUUUAGAUGAUAAACAAAAGAAAAAAAAAAAAACAAAAAAAGAGAAUGUAGAUAAUAAUAUAAUUUCAUAUAAUGUAGAAGAAAAAUUUAAUGUUAUAGAUUUUUACAUAAAAAAUAAUUUAAUGAUGAAAUUAAUUAUAAAAGAUAAUAUAUUUUUAUGGUUAGAUUUAAUUAUGAAUAAAAAACUUUUUUCAGAUGUUAUGUCAUUUCAUUAUCCUAGUUCUUUUGUAUUUCCUAUUAUAAAUUAUUAUGAUUUAUCAUAUGAGCAUGAAAAAUUAUAUAAAAGGAUGAUCAAAGAAAAUGUGAAGAGGGUAUAUAUGACAAAUGGAAGUUAUAUAAAAAAAUUAUAUAAUAAGAGUAUAUAUAAUAUUAUGUAUAAUAUGAAAUAUAUUGAAGAAAAUGAUAUAUGUUUAUAUGAAAAAGAAGAAAUUAUAAGAACAAAUAAUAGUGCUGAAAAUAAAAAAUGUGUUAUAGAUAAAAUAAAUGAGAAAACAUUACUUGACCAUAAUAAUACUGUUCAUAUUAAUAAAAUAAAGAACAAAAUUUAUAAUUAUUUAGAAACUUUGAUUAAGAAGAAAUAUAUGAUGGGUUAUAGUUUUAAAGAAAGCUACAAUAAAACAUCUGAAAUAUUUUUUUGCAUAUCUUUAUUUGUAUACAAUGUGGUAUCAAAUAUAUUUUCUCCUGCUAUAGAUUAUUGUGAUAUAUUUCAUAAGAAUAUAUUAUUAGAUAAUGAAAAGAAAAUAUUGAAAGAAUUCAUUUUAAUAAAUGCGCAUAAUAUAAUAACAUCAGACAAAAAAAUAAAAAACACCAUCAUCAUCAACAAUAAUGAUAAUAAUAAUAAUAGUGAUAAUAUUAAUAAUGAUAAGAUGGAAAAUAAAUUACAUACCUAUGAGAUAUGGAAUUAUUGGUAUAAUAACUUUCAUAAAUUAUAUUCAUUUAAAAUAAGAUGUUUUUUAUUUAUUAAAAAAAAUGAAGAUGAAAAAAAAAAUACAAAUGAACAUAUACUAAAAUCUAGUCAUAUGAAUAUAUAUGAUGACCUAAUACAAAUUAUAAGAAAUUUAAUUAGAGCAUUAUAUUAUAUCUUUUUGAAUCUAUAUCAUAAGGAAUAUUUUUAUCUCUUUAUAUAUGAAGAAGAUAUUAAAAAAAAAAAAAAAAAAAACAGUACAAUACAUGAUAUUCCUUAUAUAUAUGAUAAAUAUAAUUAUUAUGGUUCUUUAAAACAUAACAGCAUAGGUGAUAAAAUAAGACAUUGUAAAAUGUUUAUUAAAUAUAUAUAUCUUAUGUUUAAUAUUUUAUUUAAUAUAUGUUCUUGUAUAUAUGAUCAAGGAUUAACAACGGAUGUUGUUUUUAAAAAUAUAAUAAGCACAAAAGUUAUAGUAAAAGAUAAUUUUAUGAAUGAAAAGAUAAGUGUAAUAAUAAAUGAGAUUAUUAUUUUUUUUGAAAAUAUUGUAAUCUUAUAUAAUUAUUUAAAAUAUGUUAAUAAUUAUGUGUGUGUAAAAAAAAAGAAUUUUAAAUUUAGCGUCCCACAUGAAAAGGUAGAAAGAGAGAAGAAAAAAAAAAAUAAUAAUAAAAAUAAUAAUAAAAAGAAUAAUAAAUAUAAAAAAAAUAUUGAUAAGAUGAAGGUAUUAGAAUAUGAUGAAGAACAGAAAACAAACUUAAUAUAUUCGUUUAAAAGUUACAAUUUGAGAGAGCAGAAAGAUACAAUGUCAUCAAUUGAAUUAUUUCAUGUACGUGUUCAUCAAAAGUUAAUAGAACAUACAUAUAGAAAUUCUGCGGAUGGCUCGAAUUAUAAUUUAUAUAAAAGAAUUAUUAGAUGUGUGUUACAUAUGUUACAUAAAAAGUGUUAUAAGAAUAGUAAAUAUUUUUAUUACGUCUUUAUAAAUAAAUUAAUAACAAUAUAUCAUUUUUUAAAUGAGGAUCAUAUGUCUUGUAAGGUGUAUUUAUAUAUAUAUGAACUAUAUAAUAUUAUAAAAAGGGAUAAAAUGGAAUCAUUAUUAAACCAGAUUCUUUAA